AUGAAUCUAUACACACCAGGUGAUGGCCUGUUCCAAACUCAUGUCACUUUGGAAGACAUCGAGCAGGACCUACGCAAAGCUUUCGGUACCACAGCGUCGUUCGGUGCAAAUACUUCCGUUGAAGAUAUUGGAAAAAACAAGGGAUACAUGUCAAAAAUCAUCCUUGUUGAACCAAACUGGCAACAUUGUGAGAAGGGGCUACCUCAGAAGGUACUAGUAAAGAUUCCAACUCAACUGGUUAUGCAGAAAUUCCAAGAAGAAGCGGCUCUUGGCAAAAACGAAUCAAAUAGAUUCAAGGAUCCUGAAUUUAGGUCCAGAUUUGAGCUCAACCAAAAACGUUGUCACAACGCUGAGGUAGCCGUAUAUAAACAUCUAGCCAAGAUCCCUCAUGGAAAACUCUUCUAUCCUAAGAUUUAUUGCAUGCGAAAGUUUACCGAAAGUAAUCCAGGAAAGGGAUACAUAGCAAUGGAAUUUCUGGAGAACAUCAAAGAAGUACAGAUUUUCGAAAACAUCUCAAUAGAGCAAAUGAAGCAGAUCCUGCGCUUCAAAGCUGUUUUUGAAGCGAACUCACUUGAGAUAUCAUCAGAAGACAGGAAGAACUUUGUUGAAAAUCCUUUUGAAAAUGUGUGGAGCGUGAUGUAUAAGGAUGAGCUGAUAAGCAAUGUGACAACACGGUUCCGCACAUUCAAUGGUGGAAAAUUAGCGAAAAAAGCUGAUCGUUUGGCCGAAAUUUUUGACAGUAUGGUCGAUCUCCAGUGGGCCGAUCAUUUAUCCGAUAAGCUAGGUAUGGAAAGAGUUCUAUGUCAUGGAGAUCUGUGGUCGAUGAACAUUCUUUGGAAGCAGGAUGGGGAUCAGCUCAAUCUAGCCACGUUAGUGGAUUACCAG